ACUCUGCACUUGUUCUCUCAUUAUUAGUGCCACCCAUAACCCCUGAUUUUCUUCUUUGGCCAAAAGGGCAGCCUUUCUUGGUGUGUGACAUAUACACACCCACCCUCUCUCUCUCUCUCCAUUCCUCCCUUUGUGAGAAGAUUUUUCUCCAUCAAUGCGAUUUUCUCUAUCUGGGUACUAUACUAAUUUUUUUUUUUUUGGGGAAGGCACUAUACUAGUUUUUGUAACUUAAAAGGGGUCGAUGAACCCGAGACUGGUGGUAUUUCUACAUCUCAUAUCCGGAUCCUUUAUUGAAUAUCCCACCAAGUAAGGUUUCUUUGUGGGUUCUACAGUAAAGCAGAUUUGCAGUUCUUAUAUAUUAGAAGAAGAUGAGUGGAGCUGUGCUUGUGGCUGUUGCUGCUGCAAUUGGCAACUUACUUCAAGGAUGGGAUAAUGCUACUAUUGCUGGGGCUGUAUUAUACAUAAAGAAGGAAUUCAACUUGGAAAGUAACCCUACUAUAGAGGGGCUUAUUGUGGCUACGUCACUUAUUGGUGCUGUAGUAAUCACUACAUGCUCAGGAGGAAUAGCAGAUUGGCUUGGCCGUCGGCCAUUGCUUAUAAUUUCUUCUGUCCUUUACUUUGUUAGCAGUCUAGUAAUGUUGUGGUCCCCAAAUGUCUACAUUUUACUGGUAGCAAGGCUUCUAGAUGGGUUCGGAAUUGGUUUGGCAGUUACUCUUGUUCCGAUCUAUAUAUCUGAGACGGCACCACCUGAGAUUAGGGGUACAUUGAAUACUUUGCCUCAGUUUACUGGCUCAGCUGGAAUGUUUUUGUCAUAUUGCAUGGUUUUUGGAAUGUCAUUGAUGGAUUCACCAAGUUGGAGGUUGAUGCUUGGGGUUCUCUCUCUUCCCUCCCUCAUUUAUUUUGUAUUGACGAUAUUUUACCUGCCUGAGUCUCCAAGGUGGCUUGUUAGUAAAGGGCGCAUGCUUGAGGCCAAGCAGGUGUUGCAGAGACUUCGUGGCAGGGAAGACGUCUCUGGAGAGAUGGCUUUGCUGGUCGAAGGUCUAGGAGUUGGGGGUGAAACAUCUAUAGAGGAAUUUGUACUGUGCCCUGCCAACGAACUCACUGGUGACCAGGAACCAACUGCUGAAGGUGAGAUAAUCAGGAUAUAUGGGCCUCAAGAAGGUGUCUCUUGGGUUGCUCGGCCUGUCGCCGGGCAGAGUAUGAUUGGUAUAACAUCACGCCAGGGAAGCAUUGUUAACCAGAAUGUGCCCCUUGUGGACCCACUUGUGACCCUCUUUGGUAGUGUCCAUGAGAAGCUUCCUGAGAUGGGAAGCAAGGGAAGCAUGCUUUUUCCGCACUUUGGGAGCAUGUUCAGCAUUGCAGGGCAGCAACAACCUAAACAUGAAGAGUGGGAUGUAGAAAGCCUUGCAAGAGAUGGAGAGGAUUACAUGUCUGAUGCUGCUGCUGGUGCUGAUUCUGAUGAUAAUUUGGAGAGUCCAUUAAUUUCGCGCCAGGCAACAAGUUUGGAUAAAGACAUGGCUCAUCCAGCUGCUCAUGGAAGCCUUUCAAGCAUGAGGAAUCACAGUCUAAUGCAUGGGAAUACAGGGGAACAAGUUGAUAGUAUGGGCAUUGGUGGGGGUUGGCAGCUGGCAUGGAAGUGGGCUGAGAGAGAAGGUCAAGAUGGAAAGAAGGAAGGAGGUUUUAAAAGAAUUUACUUGCAUCAGGAGGGUGCCCCUGGAUCUAGGCAUGGAUCUUUAGUAUCUCUCCAUGAUGGCGAUGUACCUGUUCAAGGCGACUUCAUCCAGGCCGCUGCUUUGGUGAGUCAACCAGCUCUUUAUUCUAGGGACCUCAUGAAUGAGCAUCCAGUUGGACCUGCUAUGGUGCACCCAGCUGAAACUGCUACCAAAGGGCCAAGUUGGAAUGACCUUUUUGAACCGGGAGUCAAGCAUGCGUUGGUUGUUGGGGUGGGGAUCCAAAUACUUCAGCAGUUCUCGGGCAUAAAUGGGGUUCUCUACUACACUCCUCAAAUUCUGGAGCAGGCAGGUGUGGGAGUUCUUCUGUCAAAUAUGGGAAUAGGUUCAACUUCUUCUUCGCUACUUAUCAGUGCCAUCACGACCUUGUUGAUGCUUCCUUGCAUUGCUGUUGCCAUGAGGCUUAUGGAUCUCUCUGGCAGAAGGACCUUACUUCUCAACACAAUCCCCGUCCUGAUAGCAACCCUAGCCAUCCUUGUUCUUGCGAGUCUCGUGAACUUUGGAGCUGUCGCGAAUGCAUCCAUCUCAACUGUAUGUGUUGUGGUCUACUUCUGUUGCUUUGUCAUGGGCUUUGGUCCCAUACCCAACAUACUUUGCGCGGAGAUCUUCCCCACAAGGGUUCGCGGCCUCUGCAUCGCCAUAUGCUCCCUCACGUUUUGGAUCGGAGACAUCAUUGUGACCUACUCGCUCCCCGUGCUGCUCAACUCCAUCGGUCUUCCCGGUGUUUUCGGUAUGUAUGCUGUCGUUUGCGUCGUAUCGUGGGUUUUUGUUUACCUCAAGGUUCCGGAAACUAAGGGCAUGCCUCUUGAAGUGAUCACGGAGUUCUUUUCUGUUGGUGCCAAGCAGAAAGCCGCUGUUUCCAAGAGCAAUUGAGUUGUUUUCUCUGUCUGUGAUAAAAAAGAAGAAGAGGAGAGGUUUUGAUUGGUGUUUUAUUUAAUUGGAUUUGUUUUCCUUUUUCCUUUGUAUUUAGAAUUUGUGAGAAGUUUCAGAGUUUUGAAAUCUUUAGGAAUAAUUUCCUGUAUUUUGUUCAUUUGUUUAUCUCAUUAUUUGUGACAA